CGCUCGACCUCGAAGGUAUCGUCCCGAGACUAACGACGUCGGGGCUCUGUAUCUCUCUCUCGUCUUGCAGCUCGGUAUAUGCUAUUUUAUCUGCUCUAUUGAGUAGUUCACGCUAUUAUGCCAGAACCCCCAUCACAGGCGAACAGCAACGACGUGGCACGACAGAAAGUGAUACGAGAUGCACCCCCUCCGUUCAACAAGCGCGCUGCCGAUGUCAUUUUGCGCUCAUCCGACCACGUAGACUUCCGCGUCCGGCAAAGCAUUCUGGCCGAGUCCUCACCGUUCUUCGAGGCUAUGUUCUCUCUCCCACAGCUACCAGAAAGCCGAAAACGAAAGGAGCGUGACGAGACAGAGUACAGGGACGGCAUCCCCAUUGUCGACAUGUCGGAAGGCAGCCGAGUGCUGGAUGCUCUGUUGCGGUUUUGCUACCCCGUCGAGGAUCCGGCCCUCCCCUAUCUCAAGGUCACCUGCGAGGUUCUUGAGGCGGCACGCAAGUUCGACAUGACGUAUGUUGUUGCCCAGGUCAAGAAGCAGUUCCUUUCGCGCGCCGCGCAGCAGCCGCUGCAGGCGUACAUUGUAGCCGUGACGCGUGGUUGGGUAGAUGAGAUGAGAGAAGCGGCGAAGUGCACUCUGCGCCGCGAGAUGCGUUGGGACGCGUACAUCCCGGAGAUGGAGCAGAUCAGCGCCGGAGCAUGGUACCGCCUUAGGGCAUAUCACUCUGCCUGCUCCGAAGCCGUCUCCAAGUUGGUGGACACUACUCAACCAAACGAAGACGGUGUGGUCAUGGAAUGGCUCACAACGACGCAGUGGCCGUGGUUCACCUGCCUAUGCUCUCAGCCGGCAUCCCAAAAGCCGUAUACCGCCGCCCGCAUCCCGUGUCGUUCUGCCCCCUGGUGGGAAGACUACCUAAAGGACGUGAAGCUAAAGCUCAAGGAUAGGCCUCACAGAGCCACAAUUGUCGAGUCCGACGCUGGCGAACAGCACCUGGAUCGUACGACGUGUCGGACCUGUUUGUCGCAGAAGAUAUCGCGGAAGAUGCACCUCAAGGAGUUCGAAGGCCUCCUCAUACAAGAGAUUGACAAAGUCAUGUCAAGGAUCCAACUUGAAGUCAGGAUAUAAUUGCGUUAUAUAUUGCUGCUGUCGUCGUGCUUUCGCGCUUUGUCCCUCACGCUUGCUCUACUCCACUGUCUCGCAUGCUGCACACUCAUCUACGUCACGCAACUACUCAGUCGCGCUAUCAUGUCAUUGGACGCGUUCUCAUCGAUCUCGACUUACUUCUCUCCGCAUGCUACGUACUCCUCUACAUGGCAUGGCUAUGGGAACUAUUUGCUAGACUCCGAUGAGCCUAGACCUGUCUAACAUA